AUGACCAAUUCUUUCUCCAUGGAUUUGAAGGACAGCACCAGUGAGGGAAGCUUAGGGAGCCUUCAGCCUUCCAGCCUCCAGAUUUUUGCUAACACCUCAACCCUACAUGGAAUCCGCCAUAUCUUUGUUUAUGGACCUAUGACUGUGCGGCGGGCACUAUGGGCUCUAGCGUUUAUAGCUUCCCUGGGCCUCCUCUUGGUAGAGAGCUCUGAGCGAGUGAUUUACUACUUUUCUUAUCAGCAUAUCACCAAGGUGGAUGGGCUCGUUGCUAACAGCUUGGUCUUCCCAGCUGUCACCAUCUGCAACUUUAAUGGUUUCCGCUUCUCCCGUCUCACCACCAAUGAUCUGUACCAUGCUGGUGACCUUCUAGCUUUGCUGGAUGUGAAUUUACAAAUCCUUCAUCCCCAUCUUGCUGACCCAACAGUCCUGGCUAUAUUGCAAGAGAAAACCAACUUUCAGCACCACCGAGCCAAGGUCUUCAGCAUGAGUGAGUUCCUAGGGCGUGUGGGCCAUGACAUGAAAGAGAUGCUGUUGUACUGUAAGUUCCGGGGACAGGAGUGCAGCCACAGGAAUUUUACAACUGUGUUUACGAAAUAUGGGAAAUGCUACAUGUUUAACUCAGGAGAAGAGGGACAUCCACUGUUGACCACAUUCAAGGGUGGGACAGGCAAUGGAUUGGAGAUAAUGCUGGACAUUCAGCAAGAUGAGUACUUGCCAAUAUGGGGAGAAACAGAUGAAACAACCUUUGAAGCAGGAGUCAAAGUCCAGAUCCACAGUCAGUCUGAGCCGCCAUUUGUUCAAGAACUUGGGUUUGGUGUAGCACCUGGUUUCCAAACUUUUGUUGCCAUGCAAGAACAAAGGCUGACAUACCUUCCACCUCCAUGGGGUGAGUGCCAUUCAUCAGAUUUUGGCCUGGAGUUUUUCCCCAUCUAUAGCAUCACUGCAUGUAGGAUCAGUUGUGAGACCCGCUACGUGGUAGAGAAUUGCAAUUGCAAAAUGGUUCACAUGCCAGGGGAUGCUCCAUUUUGUACACCGGAGCAGUAUAAGGAGUGUGCAGAGCCUGCACUAGACUUUAAGAAAGCAAGAGGAGCCUUAGAACUGAUCAAAGAGAAACUGUUUGAUCUUCUUGGCCCAGAGGAAGAAGACGGAAGCCAUGAUGAGAAUGUGAGCAGGUGUGAGCCCUUGUCAAACCAUUCUGCUCCCACAAGCCACACUGUGACAGUCCCACUGCAGACAACACUUGGCACGUUGGAAGAAAUUGUGUGCUGACAAUGCUUCCUCAGCACUAUGGAUGGCAGAAACUACAAAUGCCAGGGAAUCCUACUCAGGCUCACUAACAGGGUGGGGGAACCACUGAGGAAUUCACUAUGCAUCCAAUUGUUCUCUUUCUCUCUUCUUGCCAAAAUCAGUGAAAGAUUUCAUGGACUCAGUUGUCUCAGCCUGUCCUACCAGGAUGAGUGGAGGAGGUAUAGGAAGGAGCAAGAUUUAUUUCCACCAGCAGACAACACAUCUCAGUUUCUGAACUGGAGAAGUAUGAUGACCAAGGAAUCAUUCUUUCAUAGACAGCCUACAAGUUAUACAAAAGAAGUCUGCAUGCCAGUCCUUUUGAUGGCAGUCUCUCUUUUUCCUUACAAGCCAUGUCUCCAUCCAACAACUGCUCCCUUUUUCUUUUUUCUUUUGCCACAACGAAAUUGGAGGUUAUGGCACAGACUUUCCUGCUCAAGAGUUUACCAUUAUUUAACAACAUCACUGCUGAAUUAGAAACAAGCAAUGGUCCAUUUCUGAGGGUCACCAUUCUUUUUUGUUGUAUGCUAAAUGUGACAGGGUCCCAAAAGUUCUGGUCAAAUCAUUGGGUGAGCCAGAUCUUUGAUGACCAAGGUGAGCAUGCUCAAAUAGAAUGACUCACCCUACCUACCAUUAUAGACCACUUCUUAAAUGCAGGCACCCACGAACGCAACAGCCCCAUUGACACUAGUUAGCCAUACAGCUACUGUCUUGUCUAGAUUGGCGUGUAAUGCAACAUAUGUGUGUCCCAGGAUUGGGGGAUGUGGGGUCCAGUUACCUUUCUGACUUGCCCUGCUUCCUCAUUCUUAACAGCACUAUUAAAGGUGAUCUUGUGG